AUGUGGUUUGGAUCCAUACCUGCGACAGCAUCUCUAUUCAAGCACAGUCCAAUGGAUACUCACCCAAUGGCAACGAUGACUUUGCUCUAUCGGAAACAUCAACUUGGUUCUAUGUAUAUCCUUGACAAUUGGCCAUUCCUUUCUCAAAGACAGCUGGUUAUCAACGAUCCGGGAAUUGCAAUGCAAGUUAGCCAGAGCUCGCUGCCAAAAUUUUGGGUGUACCCGAAGUUUAUAGGCCACAUUACGGGGAUGAAAAGCAUGAUUCUGACUGAAGGUGCUGAGUGGAGACGAGCCCGAACUCUUUUCAACCCUGGAUUUGCCCCGAGUCACCUUACGACGCUUGUUCCGAGCAUUGUAGACGAUACCCAGAUAUUCCUCGGCAUACUCGCUGACUUAUCAGAGUCCAAGAAGGUCACACCAAUCGAUGAUCUGCUUGCCAACUUGACAAUAGACAUCAUGGGCCACAUCGUAUUGGAUCACGACCUCAACUCGCAAACCACUGACAAUGAGCUAGUGGGAGCUUUCAAAAGUGCAGUAUAUUGGACACCCAACUCAAAAUUCAUUCAUCCUAUAUUCAACUUAAAUCUAGUCCGAGCUUUUGCACAGUGGUAUCAUGCACGAAAAAUGAAUAACUAUAUCAGAAAGGUGAUUCGAGAGCGCUUGGCUCUACGGCACACCAGAGCUGGAGAAAUGAAGGUCAAACCAUCCAGGAGACCAGCGAUUGACUUGGCCAUCGACACAUAUCUCCUUUCAGACGAAAGUGAUGGGGAAAUGUCUGCACAUUCAAUCGGCAGUGAAGAGUUUGAACAGGUAUGCAUCGAUCAGAUGAAAACUUUCCUAUUUGCCGGUCACGAUACCACGAGCAGCACUCUUUGUUUCAUAUACCACAUGUUGAAUCUCCAUCCCGCGGCUUUAGCCAAAGUCCGAAAAGAGCAUGACGGCGUUUUCGGAACUUCCUCGUCGACUGCAACAGCCAUCAAGGGAAGCCCGAGGCUGCUCAAUGAUCUGCCAUAUACCACUGCAGUCAUUAAAGAGACACUUCGUCUCUUCCCACCAGCGAACGGAUCCCGGGAUGGGAGUAGCCAAUUUACACUAACUGUUGACGGUGUUGAAUAUCCCACGAAAAACACCAUGCUUUGGCCCAAUGUCCACACAAUUCAACGUCGAGCUGACCUUUGGCCUCAACCCGACGACUUCAUUCCCGAGCGAUUCCUCCCACCUCCUCACAACUUCCAAGAAGUGACGAAAGAUGCUUGGCGGCCCUUCCAAAAAGGUCCUCGUAAUUGCAUUGGACAGGAAUUGGCAAUGCUGAAUAUGAAAGUCAUCAUGGCGAUGACGCUCAGAGACUUUGAUAUCAAGGCUGAGUACGAGGAAUGGGACCGUGCUUUGGGGAGAGAGAAGCCGGGUGAGAUGUUGGAUGGGAGGAGGGGGAUGUUCGGCCAUAGAGCAUAUCAGCAGAUGAAGGCUACUGCAAAACCAGCCGAUGGGAUGCCGGUGAGAGUCACGAGGAGAAAAAACAUGGGAGGUUGA